CUGGCUCUCUCUGUUCGCUCCAUACAGUCUAUGGUUCGCUCCAUACAGUCUAUGGUGGAACAUGUCCGCCGUGCAGCUGCUGAGGGUUUCGGUACAUGAGCGGAUCAGCGCUGCCGCUGAAGACUUCCUGCUGCAGGUGGAGAAAGGAGGAGGACAUGCUCAAGUCCCUGCGCUGAGAGCAAUGCUAACCGAGCGGCUAACGGCGGCGGUUGAGGAGAUCCUCGAGGGGCUUGAGGAAACCGUGGCAGAGUACGAAGACAGAGUUGAGCAGUCCGAGCGGGAGAUCUGCCGCCAGAGGAGGCUGCUCGAUGCCGUGAUGCAGCCCGUAGUCCGGCUGCACAGAGCAGGGUGUCCUGCAGACGUCCAGCAACUGAUGGUGAAUAAAGAAGAGGUUCCCCCUGAGCAGCAGCAGUGGAGCCCCCUUCUGGACCAGGAGGACCCAGAGCCCCCCUACAUUAAAAAGGAACAGGAGGAAUCGUGGACCAAUCGGGAUGGACAGCAGCUUCAAGGACUGGAGGAGGCUGAUAAUGAAUUCACUUUGACUCCUGUCGCUGUGAAGAGUGAAGAAGAUGAAGAGAAACUUCAAUCGUUGAAGCUUCAUCCGAGUGAGACGAAGGAGAACAGAGCGGACUGUGGAGAACCAGAACCAGCCAGGAACUCAGGUCCUGAUGAGCGUUUACAACCAGGUCCUGAGGACAAGACUGAAGAGAGUAUGAAUGAUUGGAUGGAGACCAGGGAACCUCAGACUGGUUCAAAUACAAGAAAUAACAAACAGUUUCUAAGUAUUAUGGGACGUAAGACAGAAAAAAAAUCGCUUAGUUGCUCUGAGUGUGGUUACAUAUUUAGCCAUAGGAGCCAUCUAAAUAGACAUAUGAGGAUUCAUACAGGAGAGAGGCCGUUUAGUUGCUCUGAGUGUGGUAAAAGAUUUAACCAGAAGGACAAUCUAAAUGCACAUAUGAGGCUUCAUACAGGAGAGAGACCGUUUAGUUGCUCUGAGUGCGGUAAAAGAUUUAAACAGAAGGGCGAUCUAAAUGCACAUAUGAGGCUUCAUACAGGAGAGAAACCAUUUAGUUGCUCUGAGUGUGGUAAAGCAUUUAACCAAAGCGGCGCUCUAAAUAAACAUAUGAGGUGUCAUACAGGGGAGAAACCUUGUAGUUGCUCUGAGUGUGGUGAAACAUUUAGCGAUAGGGGCCAUCUAAAUAGACAUAUGAGGAUUCAUACAGGAGAGAGGCCGUUUAGUUGCUCUGAGUGUGGUAAAAGAUUUAAACAGAAGGACUAUCUAAAUGCACAUAUGAGGCUUCAUACAGGAGAGAGACCGUUUAGUUGCUCUGAGUGCGGUAAAAGAUUUAAACAGAAGGGUGAUCUAAAUGCACAUAUGAGGCUUCAUACAGGAGAAAGACCGUUUAGUUGCUCUGAGUGCGGUAAAAGAUUUAAACGGAAGGGCGAUCUAAAUGCACAUAUGAGGCUUCAUACAGGAGAGAAACCAUUUAGUUGCUCUGAGUGUGGUAAAGCAUUUAACCAAAGCGGCGCUCUAAAUAGGCAUAUGAGGUGUCAUACAGGGGAGAAACCUUGUAGUUGCUCUGAGUGUGGUGAAAGAUUUAACCAGAAGGGCGAUCUAAAUAUUCACAUGAGGCUUCAUACAGGAGAGAAACCAUUUAGUUGCUCUGAGUGUGGUAAAGGAUUUAACCAAAGCGGAAAUAGACAUAUGAGGUGUCAUACAGGCGAGAAACCUCGUAGUUGCUCUGAGUGUGGAAAAGGAUUUAUCCAAAGGGGCAAUCUACAUAGACACAUGAGGAGUCACAUGGGAGAUAAACCGUUUAGUUGAUCUGAGUGUGGUAAAGGAUUUAAUAUUCAUUCCUAUUUUUUUGAGACGUGAAGGUUCAUAAAGGAGAGAAAUUAUUCAUUUUCAACAAAAGAUUUAUUAGGAUUUAUCAGCAGAUAUUCAUAAAAUACAUAUUCAUAGUUCACUGUUUUAAAGAGACUAUUAACAGUUUUAUGUCCCUAGAAAAUGUAACUCAUUGAAAAAAACGAAAGAUUUGUUUAUAUAUCUUGUUUCUACUGAUUUUUACAUAAUUUAUCUUUUUUUCAUAAUAUGUCAUUUUAGGGUUAAAGUGUGUUCCUAGCACAGUAUGAAUGUGUGUUCUUAACUAGUUCAUAUGAUUGAAUAUGUUUGUUUUAAAACAAUGGUUUCUUGGUUUGUGAGAUCCAAUGACAGUGUGUGUUCUCCUUUAUGUAUUGAAUGUGUUUCCAAGAAUAAAGGUCUAAUAAAAAGAUAA